AUGUAAAUGUUUUAGAAAAUAUUCAACAUUACUGUCGAAGGUACCAAAAACGCUGGUUUGGUGAUCAGCCGUGUUCUUGGCUGAACCCCAUAUGGCAGACUGAGGCGUGUUGCAGGCCGCCAGGCAAAUACAGAAGUUUUAAAACUUUCUGUGGCCCCCAGAAAAUUGCCAGAAACAGAUCAUGGAGCUGUGGUUCUGAAAUUCUGGAAUACACAUUGGCUUUAUGAUACAACAGAGAAAGGAUCUGCCCAACGGGUAAUCUCUGAAGGGGAAAAUCAUCUCAGUGAUAACUGUAAGUCUAUGUACCUGACUGACCUGUGCAAAGGUGGUAACAUGGCAUCAAAUAAAACGGGACAGAAGAAUAUUGUGAAAGCUAAAGUUUUCAGGGUUUAUUAGCUUCAAAAUGUUGCUUUCCACAUCAAAAAGCAUCGCUGUACUGAAGGAGUACGAUUUGAAAAGACACAAGUCAAGGCUCUUUUUCGAGAUCUUUUCCAGAAGACCUGAGGUAUCAAAGAAAUGACACUUUACUCAGAUAGGAACUGUGAGAUAAUCCAUGCUUGCUGUCCUCCUGGAGCUGGGCAGAUGAAAAUGUAGAGGAAGGCAUAAAAAAUUUGUUUUUAUCAGCUACGUCAUCCCAGGGUGACUUUACUUGCGGACGAUAUCUUGAAAUAGCUUUUUGAAGAAUUCAGAAAAACAGAUGUCACGUCUAUUGCUACAGAAGACUUGACAUGUUUCAAAUGGUUACUUAUUUUAGUUAGAAACUCCAGAGGCGUUUGCAGAUUACACACACCAGCAGGUUCAUAAUAAUGUCAGAUGGCUCAUCUGAGGCAGGGUUCUGGACGUCUUCUGCGUCAGGACUGCAUGUCUUCUCUCUGAGAAUCUAAAGAAAAACAAGUAUCAGUUUUUAUUCAGGACUGAAAAUGAAAGCAACCAACCUGAGAAAAUCUAAUUUCCUACAGCAUUGAAAGCAGCAUUUUAUAGCCCUGCCUGACCAGGAAGUCACCGGGAACUCUUAACUCUUGCAGCCACUGUUUGUGUUUCUGAGAAUGGAGGUGGGAGGAUUACUGGAGGAUUGCCUCAGCGCAGCGAGAGAAAAACCUGGAAGUGUUGAAAUCUCUGACUCUGUGAAGCUGAAGUACAAAUGUUGCAGAGAGUCUCUGUGUGAAGAACUGGCCUCUCUGCUGGAGGAGGCAGAGCAGAUGAAGUGGCCCUUUGUGCCAGAGAGGUGGCAGUAUAAGCAGUCCAUCAGCCCCACAGACAAGACCAACCUCAAUGACCUCAUCGGCAAAAACCUGCAGCAACUCUUGGAUCUUCUGAAGUCCUCCAUCAUGGCUCAGGAACCACAGACGUCCCUGGCAGUGAUGUUCCUGGUGGACCGAUUCCUCUACUGGAUCGAUGAAUCCAGACGACUUCUAAAGAUCACCAAGCUCCUAAACCGGUGGUACCCUGAACAACCCAUAGCCCCUCAGCUGAUCAUACGGGUGGCCAGAGUCUUCCUUAACUCUGGAAAACUUCAGAAGGCAGAAUCCAUCUUGAGCAGUUUGAUUUAUAGAAAUGGAACAACAGGUUGUUGGGUCUAUCACUGUGACAGUGACAAAGUGCUCGUUCAAGCCGUCAGUGUUCAAGUGCGUGGAAUGGUUUUGCAAAAGUUGGGCCUGUGGCUGCAGGCCGCAGAGCUAAUCUGGGCUUCUCUGGUUGGCUACUACUCACUCCCUCAGCCUGAUAAGAAGGGCAUUGGGACCUCUCUUGGUUUACUGGCUAACAUAUUAGUGUCCAUGAGUGAUGAAGACUUCCAUUCUUUUAAAACUAAUCCAGAUAUUGAUUUUCCAUCUUUACUCGGAAAUCCUGGGAGUCAUCGUCUUCUUUUGGCCGCCCAGGCAGCUAAGAUGGCUGUGGUGUACAGUCAGUACGCUUCACUUUACGUGCUGACGAAUGUGACGGCUCAAGGAAGCUGCUUGUUGUUGUACAGCUUCUCACUAGCAUGCCCUCCCUCUCAAAGAGUGACCUUUCUCCAGAAGGCUCGAGAGGCCUUCACAAUCGGCCUUCUCACCAAAGCAGAGGGCGAGCCGGUUACCAGCCAGCAGGAACUUCAUACCUUCCUGAAGGCAGCCUAUUCAAUGACCGUCACUGACAAGUGGCUGGACGCUCCAAAGGAUGUUGUAGAGGAGGCUGCUCAAGCUUGCCAGCAAGCUUUAGGAUAUUUCUACAAGUAUUGUGAUUCCAGUACUCAAGACAAAGAUGGCCUGUCUGUUAGAAUCAUGCAACAAGUUGCUAAAGUCAAGCAGCUGCUGGGUGUUGAGCCAUUCCCUAAUUCAGAUAAAGGAUCUUUUAUUCCAGACAGCUACAGAAACGACAAAGAUUCCUCUGUAAAUUUCACCCUGGAGGAUUUCUCAAAGAUAUUGGAGAGAUUUCAGAAAUAUCAUGCAUCACUGUGUGAGGCCACCAAAAGUUUCAAGGAGACUGAAGACAAAAAGGCAAAAGUUUUAACAGCACUGGAUACAAACCUAGAUAAAGCCAGCAGAGAAAGUGGUACAGAAGUAUUCAAGCAAAAAUCAAAAAGCUCGGAUUCAUCAAACGUGUUUUUGUCUCAAAAUGUUGCUGCAACCCUGGAAAGCACAGACCCCCUGGGAUUGUCUUGGCAGAAGCUCUCCUUCAGUAGAUCAGGCUCUCUUCAGCCCAGCAGUGGUGUUCAUAGAAGUGGCAGUGGACACGGAGCAAGCAUUAGCGAUCAGAGGAACAUUCCCACUGAGAGUGAUGAUGACGACAGUUUUUCACACUCUGCAGAUGAAAACCAUAAGCCAAAGCCGCAAAACCAGAACUCCAGAAAUAGUUCCCAUCCAGUCCUAAAGUCCACAAUUCCUGAAACCCCAAGACCGCUUCCACAGUGUGAAGCAAUUCAAGCCGAAACAGAGACAGAAGACUUUGAUGAAGACAGUAUGGCUGAUGUUAAUGAGGAAAGCAAAGAAUAUUUGCAUUCCCAACUACCUCUCCAAACAUCUUUCAGUUCCUUUGGAGAGAGUUUUAGUUCCCAGUCUUCAUGGGAAAAAAUCUCAACUGGCCAAAACUCCCCCAUGUGUGAAAAAGUACAACCAGGUUAUGUGUCAAAACCAAGGAGUCAAUCUUCAGGUUCUGAUGGGAGCUUCGUCAUUGUGGAAACACCGAAUUCUGAAAGCAGCUCUUCACCUGGUGGCAUCGCAGAUCACAAACCACUCGAGAGGCAUGAUGUUCACUCAAAUAUAAAACCUGCAGCCAAUUCAAGUCCUGCAAAACUUGUAGGCUGUGCAGUCUCAGCGGUCCAACACAACUCUUCACAGAGGAUUCCAGACCCAAACGCAACUAUUAAAAGCUCUGAGGAGAGCUCUGAGAGCUCAUACGAUAUGGUGGAGCUCAAUGAAAACGGGCACCAAAGCAAUGAAGUGACUUCUGCAAGAAAAGCACCUCAGAACAAGAAUACUUUGUGCUACAGCUGUCUGUACCCCAGCACAACAGCUGCUCCUGAGUUUGAGUUGUCCCAGCAUGAUUACCAGGCUCUACUGGCUGGAAUCUGCCAUGAAUGUCUGCAGAGGAGGUUCUACAGCAAGACAGAGUUAUUCCAACUCCAAAAAUUUCAAACUGCCUACAAUGCUCUUCACCUGAAGUUCUCCAAGGCCACAGGACUGUGGACGGCCAGAGAGACCUGUGUUUACAUCGGGGAUCUGAUGGAGAUGGAGGGCAAACAGAGAAGAGCGAUAUGGGUUCAGUUUUUGCAUCAGGAGGAGAGGUUAAGCAGUUAUGUAGGGAAGGAUUACUUGAAGCCAAGAGAAAUCCAGUAUCACCUGAAAGAUGUGGAGCGCCAGAUGACAGCUCAGUACUAUGUGACUGAAUUCAACAAGAGUCUCUACGAUAAAGAAGUUUUGGCUCAGAUCUUCUACAUUCCCUCCGACGCAUUGUUGAUUCUAAACGGAGAUGAGAUUGUGGGCUGCAUCACCGUGGAGCCGUACAUGCUUGGACAGUUUGUUAAACUCACCAACAACACUGGGCAGAAAGAGAUGUCUGUCGAGGCUACGAAAUAUGGUCUGGCUUUUGGACACUUCACCUAUCUGUUCUCUGGUCGCCAGGAAGUUGUGGUCGACUUACAAGGAUGGACGACUUCCAAUGGGAAAGGUCUGACUUACCUCACGGACCCCCAGAUUCACUCCACCAGGACCCCCACAGGGCCCUCAAACUUUGGUGAAAGGGGGCUGGCAAUUUUCCGGAAAGAGCAACAUGGACCAACCUGCAACGAGAUCUGCAACCUGCUUGAACUCACUCCACUCACCCUGCAGUCACAUGUUUAAAGAGCUGGAGACUACAUGUACUGACUGAUGCUGAGAAUGUUUUUUGUUAAUUUUUUUGGCAUCUGAAUCACAGUGUAUCAGAUAUUUAUAGAAAAUGCAUCCAACAUUACUCUGAAUAUCUGAUUGAUUCAACACUAUGGUCAGAGCAGCUGAGACUGAAGCAAGUAGUUUGAAACUCAAAGCUGUUUGUUAAGUGCUUUGUACUUCACAUCAUUUUAUGAUCAUCUAUAUUUCUCCAGAAAAGUGUUGAAUCUGCUUUUUUGUAAGCGUUUGUUUUGUUCAUUUGUUCAGAGCAUUACGAUUUAAAUUGUUUUAGCUCCAAGUAUAAUUCUACCACUCCAGUUGAAUUUUCUUAUUAACAUAGGCAAAAAAAAUUAUACAUCAAAACUUGAAGAAAUCAGUUUUUGGAAGAAGAAAAAAGACAUUUUAUUUGAGUAAAUUUUCAAUAAAAAAUGCUAAAAGAAAAAAUAUAUAUAGUCUGUGUUAACAUUGGAUUGCAAGAAUGUGGAAGCAGUGACUUUAAUAAAUUUUGCUGAUCAGA